GUUUCGAACUCAGGCUUGGGUUAGGCUUUGGUUUUUCUUUCAAUUCUGCCGGAGAGGCUGGUCGUUCGUAGCCCGUCGCCAGACCUUGCUUGCUGCUUGCUCUUUUCGGUCAGGGGAAUGGGCUCUUCUUCCAGGGUCUCUUGGGGGAUUCUCUUCCUUCAGCUCUUGGCUUUGGCUGAGGCAGGUAGAAAUUUCUGGCUGAUCCGCCAGCAUGUCCUGAAGCAGCGAGAGGAACGUGCCAUGCAAGAGGUGUAUGAUCACCUACAACAGUUGCUGCAGGGCCCGGCCCCAUUGAUGUGGAACCCUCCGAUUGCAGACACCAUCCGCCAGCCCUUGGACCACUUCAACCGGGAGGACCCGCGCACGUACAAUCAGCGAUUCUGGAUUAACGAACAAUUCUGGCAACGCCCUAGUGGACCUAUCUUCCUCUUCAUCGGGGGCGAAUCCUCCUUAUCCUCAUUGGAUGUGCUAUCAGGACACCACGUGGAGCUUGCAGAAAUGUAUGGAGCUCUGCUGGUGGCCUUAGAGCACCGUUUCUACGGAGCCAGCAUCAACCCUGAUGGGCUGCAGGACCACAAUCUGCAGUUCCUGUCCAGCCAGCAAGCUUUGUCUGACCUCGCCACCUUCAACCACUUUGUCACCCAGAAGUUCAGCCUGACGUCAAACAACACCUGGAUUUGUUUCGGAGGCUCCUACCCUGGCUCCCUCUCUGCCUGGUUCAGGCUCAAGUUUCCCCAUCUGGUCUUUGCUGCUGUUGCUUCUUCUGCCCCAGUCAAAGCCCAGCUGGACUUCACAGGCUACCUUAUGGUUGUUGCUGCCAGUCUGUCUAAUCCAGUGGUUGGAGGUUCCAAAGAGUGCCUUGAGGCAGUGGCAGAGGCCUUCGCUGCCGUGGACAACCUGGUGAGGGCUGGAAACCUAACCGAGCUGGCAAAGGACUUCCACUCCUGUUGGGAUUUAGAGGGGGUCGACGACUGUGCAGAGCUUGUGAGCAACCUGGCUGACAUCUUUAUGGCUGCUGUGCAGUACAACAACGAGUACCUGAAGUGGAGCACUGUGGCCAACUUCUGUGACAUCAUGACCAACCACCGGACUGGCUCUGCCUACCAGAGACUUAUCGUCGCCAACAAUGUGUUCUUGGACGGCAUGAAGGAGACGUGCACAAUGAACUGUCACUCCAAGGCACUGGAGGAGCUGCGCAACGCCUCCAUCUCUCCGUCGGGCGUGGGCCUGAGGCAGUGGUUCUUCCAGACGUGUACAGAGUUUGGAUACUACCAGACCUGCGAUAAUCCCGCCUGCUCCUUUUCCCACCUUAUGAACCUGACUUUCCAGGUCGAGGUCUGCCAAGAGGUCUUCAACAUCUCCUCUCAUGCUGUCCAGGAAGCCGUUUCCUUCACAAACGACUACUACGGGGCUGAUCACCCCAAAGCCAGCCGCGUCCUCUUCGUGAACGGGGACAUUGAUCCUUGGCAUGCCCUGAGUGUCCUCAAGAACCAGUCCAGCUCUGAACUGGCCAUUUUAAUCAACGGCACUGCCCACUGUGCCGACAUGUCUUCGUCCAGCUCUACAGACCCUUUGCCCCUUGUCCACGCUAAAGAGCAAAUUGCCUCCCAGAUUGGUGAGUGGCUGAAAUUAGCAAGAAAGAUAAAUCAAGACAGCUAAGUGGCCAGAUGGGAAGAUGCUUCAGUGGCCCAAACCGCUGGUGCCUGUUCUUGGAGAAAAACUACUUGUGCCUGCUUUUCAUUAGAGACUGUGACAAAGCUUAUUUGCAUCACCCAGGAACUAGCUCUAUUGCCACAAUGACUGUAUUUUGUAAAAAUGUUUUACACUUAGUCUCCUAAUAUAGAUUUUCUAAAAUA